AGGCGGGGUAAAAUGCCUUUGACAAUCACGGUUCUGAGUUGGUAAACAGCGUUGACCUCAUGGUGGAAGAAGACACACUGUUAGGGGACGAGGCUGCAUAGCAUUGAAAAUAAAUCCAGACAUUCGUAAUUACUGGCGGUGUGAGGGAGACCCACCAUGGCAGGCGACAUGAUGUUGGUGAUGCGUGGCUUGGCUAAGCUGAGCCAGGCGGUAAUAGACACUCAGGCCAGCACACUGCGUAUUGGAGGAGCCCAGGCCAUGGCCCAGAGCAUGCAGAUGACUGCAGAGCAGAGCCUGGGAGUAGCCAUGCAGAAGAUGCAGGAGUUUGGUGGGCAGCAGCAAAGCGUGUCUGGUGACUUCCCAGCAGACAUAGACAGUAAGUAUGAUUUCUCCAAAGCAGAGGGGAGCAGCAUGGACAGUGGGGAACACAUAGAGCCAGGGUUCAGAGAAGAGGGACAAGGCGUCUCCUCGGAGGGGAUGGGGACCACAGACGGCACGACCUGCGCGACAUACAACGUCCAGGCCUCAGUCAAAUCCAAGCUGUUUGAGGGAUACAAGGACCCCAGCAGCCAGUUCUCAGGACAGAUCCGUUCCUACCUAUCCUAUAGCUCCUACCGCUCCUAUCACCAGGACGGCUCGGGGGUUGGGGGCCUCACGGCCGAGGACAUAGAGAAGGCCAGAGAAGCCAAGAGGAAUGAGAAACCACACAAACAAAUGCUCAGUGAAAGGGCACGAGAGAGAAAGGUACCCGUGUCCCGGUUAGGGAGACUGGCUAAUUUUGGAGGUCUGGCUGUAGGACUGGGCUUUGGAGCGCUGGCUGAGGUAGCCAAGAAGAGUAUGAGGCCAAGUGAGGAUAACGCUGACAAGAAGGCCGUUCUGGACUCCAGUCCGUUCCUGUCAGAGGCUAACGCAGAGCGGAUCGUCAGGACGCUGUGUAAGGUCCGCGGAGCCGCACUGAAACUGGGCCAGAUGCUCAGCAUUCAAGAUGAUGCCUUCAUCAACCCCCUCUUCUGUGUUUCAGAUGAUGCCUUCAUCAACCCCCAGCUGGCCAAGAUAUUUGAGCGUGUGAGACAAAGUGCAGACUUCAUGCCCAUCAAGCAGAUGACGAAGUCCAUCAACAACGACCUGGGACCUAACUGGAGGGACAAGCUAGAUUCGUUUGAGGAGCGGCCGUUUGCUGCGGCCUCCAUUGGACAGGUCCACCUGGCUAAGAUGAAGGACGGCAGGGAGGUGGCCAUGAAGAUCCAGUACCCUGGAGUGGCUAAAAGCAUCGACAGUGACAUCAACAACCUGAUGACUCUCCUCACCAUGAGCAACGCACUGCCUGAAGGUCUCUUCCCUGAGCAUCUGAUUGAGGUGAUGAGCAGAGAGCUGGCACUGGAAUGUGAUUACAUAAGAGAGGCCAAAUGUGCCAAGAAAUUCCAGGAGCUGCUGAAAGACCACCCGUUCUUCUACGUGCCAGAUGUAAUAGACGAGCUGAGCAGCAACGCCGUCCUCACCACAGAGCUGGUCCCAGGCUUCCCUCUGGACCAGGCUGAACAACUCUCCCAGGAGCUCAAGAACGAGGUCACUAUCUGUGAGAAUAUCCUGAAACUUUGUUUAAGGGAGCUGUUUGAGUUCAGAUACAUGCAGACUGACCCCAACUGGUCCAACUUCUUCUACGACCCACAGACACACAGGGUUGCAUUGUUGGAUUUCGGAGCCACAAGAGGAUUUAGUGAGGACUUCACUGACAUCUACAUCGAGCUCAUCAAGUCUGCAGCAGAGGGAGACAGAGAGGGGGUUCGGAGAAGAUCAGUAGAGCUCAAGUUCCUCACAGGUUAUGAGUCAAAGUCCAUGGUGAACGCCCAUGUGGACGCGGUGAUGAUCCUGGGCGAGGCCUUUGCCUCUAUGGAGCCUUUUAACUUCGGCGCCCAGAGCACCACGGAGCGCAUCCACAACCUGAUCCCCGUGAUGCUGAAGCAGCGCCUCACCCCGCCUCCCGAGGAGACCUACUCUCUCCACCGCAAGAUGGGCGGCUCCUUCCUCAUCUGCUCCCGCCUCGACGCCAAGCUCGGCUGCAAGAACAUGUUCCAGGAGGCCUAUAACAACUACUGGAGGGGCCGCCCCAACCGACCUAGCCAGUGACGAACACCGCAGAGGGCCAAUAGCAGGGCGACAGCAUCAGGGUUACAGAGGGUGUGGACUAUAAGGGGAGGAAUGUUGACCCUAGCCAGACUUUCUCUGCUGUUAAUUUAAUGUAUAUGAAUGGCACUUUUUUGCCCGUCUCUCCCCCGAACCAGAAUAUGUGUGUAUAUUCAUUACCGGUCCAAAGUUUUAGAACAUCUACUCAUUCAAGGGUUUAUCUUUAUUUUUACUAUUUUCUACAUUGUAGAAAAAUAGUGAAGACAUCAAAACUAGGAAAUAAUACAUAUGGAAUCAUGUAGAACCAAAAAAUAUAUUUGAUGUUUUAGAUUCUUCAAAGUAGCCACCCUUUGCCUUGAUGACAGCAUUGCACACUCUUGGCAUUCUCUCAACCAGCUUCACCUGGAAUUGUUUUCCAACAGUUUUGAAGGAUCGGGGCGGCAGGGUAGCCUCGUGGUUAGAGCGUUGGACUAGUAACUGAAAGGUUGCAAGUUCAAAUCCCUAAGCUGACAAGGUAAAAAUCUGUCGUUCUGCCCCUGAACAAGCAGUUAACCCACUAUUCCUAGGCAGUCAUUGAAAAUAAGAAUAUGUUCUUAACUGACUUGCCUAGUUAAAUAAAGGUAACAUUUAAAAAAGGAGUUCCCACAUAUGCUUAGCACUUGUUGGCUGCUUUUCCUUCACUCUGCGGUCCGACUCAUCCCAAACUAUCUCAAUUUGAUUGAGGUCGGGGGAUUGUGGAAUCCAGGUCAUAUGAUGCAGCACUCCCAUCACUCUCCUUCUUGGUCAAAUAGCCCUUACACAGUGUUUGGUGUCAUUGUCCUGUUAAAAAACAAAUGCUACUCCCACUAAGUGCAAAUCAGAUGGGAUGGCAUAUCGCUGCAGAAUGCUAUGGUAGCCAUCUUGGUUAAGUGUGCCUUGAAUUCUAAAUUAAUCACAGUGUCUCCCCCACACCGUCACAACUCCUCCAUGCUUCACGGUGGGAACUACACAUGCGGAGAUCAUCCGUGCACCUACUGUGUCUCACAAAGACACGGUGGUUGGAACAAAAACUCUCAAAUUUGGACUCAUCAGACCAAAGGACAGAUUUCCAACGGUCUAAUGUUCAUUGCUCGUGUUUCUUGUCCCAAGCAAGAGUCUUCUUCUUAUUGGUGUCCUUUUAGUAGUGAUUUCUUUGCAGCAAUUUGACCAUGAAGGCCUGAUUGACAGUCUCUUCUGAACAGUUGAUGUUGAGAUGUGUCUGUUACUUGAACUCUGUGAAGCAUUGGAAUGCAAUCUGAGAUGCAGUUAACUCUAAACUUAUCCUCUGCAGCAGAGGUAACUCUGGGUCUUCCUUUCCUGUGGCAUUCCUCAUUAGUCAGUUUCAUCAUAGCGCUUGAUUGUUUUUGCGACUGCACUUGAAGAAACUUUCGAAGUUCUUGAAUUUUUCCGGAUUGACUGACCUUCAUUUCUUAAAGUUAUGAUGGACUGUUGUUUCUAUUUGCUUAUUUGACUUGGUCUUCUACCAAAUAUUGCUAUCUUCUGUAUACCUUGUCACAAAAUUCCACAAUUUAACUUUUAACAAAACAUGCCUGUUUAAUUUAAAUGCAUUCCAGGUGACUACCUCAUUAAGCUAGUUGUGAGAAUGCCAAGAGUGUGAAAAGCUGUCAAGACAAAGGGUGGCUACUUUGAAGAAUCUAAAACAAAAUAUAUUUUUAUUUGUUUAUUUUGGUUACUACAUGAUUCUGUUUGUUUUUUCAGUUUUCACUAUUACUCUACAAUGUAGAAAAUAGUAAAUAAUAAAAACCUUUGAAUGAGUAGGUGUGUCCAAACUUUUGACUGGUACUGUAUAUAUUUUUGUGUGUGUUAUUUGGAGUAUAUUAACCAUGGCUGUCCAGUUAACAUAUUCACAAGACGUAUCAGAUGGUUGAUUGUCUAGGUUGAGUUAACUGGGAUAAAUGCCAUGAUGUGUGUGUCUGAGAGAGAAUUGUAAAGCUAUUGUGAAUUCAAGACAGUUGGUUUCUUGUGACGUGGGGAUAUGAUACUGUCUAAUGGGCAUAAAACCAGUGGUGGUGAUGAGACGGCAGUUAAAUAUAUUAAAGAACAGUGAUAUACUGUUAAUGGCCUAUAUUUUCCAGCAUGUGGCAGUAGUUCUAGUGUCCUAUGAGGACAAAUGCUCAUGUGAUUCAUACCAAAGUGUAAAAGGAUGUUUUCUCACACUUAAGCAUAUUGCACACGUUAACAGGUUGCAGACCAAUUCCUGUUGAGGGAGAAUAUUUGAGGACAAUCUCCUGUAAAGCCUGUCCCUAUAAACACAUUUACAUUUGGGAAACAUGAAAUAUCAUAAUAUAUUUAUCAAUAAUCAGCACUGUCAUGACACGGUUACUUCUGCGAGGUGGAGAUGGUUGAUGGAUGGGACAUGGCCUUACUUCCAGUGGAAAUAAGAACAUACGUUCUCAUUGACUGACCUACUUCAUUUUGGUGCUAUAGGCCCAUGGUUGUGUUUUGACACUAAAGUGUUGUUCUUGUGGCCUGGUGGGCUUAUGACAUUUUGAUCAUGGUGUCCUUUAUUAACAGCAGGUUUUUACAUCAGUUGACAAAACUGCUGUUUUGUCAUUAAAGCCUGUCUUUACUUUGAUGGAAAGACUGUUAAGGCAAGAGAAAAGUGAUUCUAAAUCACUUUGUGAAUAUAAAUGCAAAAGUAUUGCUACAAGGAUGUUUAGAAAUGAAUGCCGCUAUGCAUCUUUUAUAUUGAUAUCAGCAGAAUUUUUAUAAUCAAUUACGUUCUUUGUGUUAUGAUAAAUAUUAAAUAUUUGACUUGACACUUGUUCCAAUCAA